AUGUGUCUCCAAUUUGUGUGUUACAUCUGCGGCGACGAUUUGGAGGAUGACAAGAGUCUCGUGCUGUGUCAUAACUCUAUGUUGACGCUGCAAGUAAAGUCUAGGGACUACAAAGACUGCCCGGACUAUGUCCGAAAGGAGGCUGGUGCUCCCAUUAGGUGCAACCUCUGCUUAGAGGCCGACCCGAGCGUAGCUGGGACUUUGCUGGCGCGCAUUAAUCCUGCAUUUGGGUACCUUGACUCAAGCUAUCUGUCCCAGUUUCCGGCGGAUGGAUCAGCCUUGCUUACUCAGGCGCCAUUAACUUUUUUGCCCAUACAUCCCCAGUACUCACCACCUAACGAGGAGCCAAAGCGUACUGAGGUCCCUAGCUGGGAAAAUGGCACCACUGCCUCUAUCUAUGAGACAACAGAUGGGAACAGACAGAUCAGUGCACCCACAGAAAGCAGAGGCUUGUUCGGCAAUCAGAAUGGUUUUCGGCGACUCCUCCCCAAAUCUCUUGCGAACAACGAUGCGUUCCACUCGCUAGCGCCGCCACCUACAUCUCUGCAGAAUCCCCUAUAUUUCGCUGGAAGCAGAGCAAUUGAUGACGCUGGCUUCGCUACCGCGAGCGAUGGAUCGUUUAGCCCAGCUCAAAGCAGACCAGAUCGUGUCAGAGAGGCGAGAACAGCAAAAUCAAUUACGGGAUUGCGAAGCCAAGAGUCACAGAGUGGUGGCCGGGAGGUUCCUGCUCAUACGAACCCAAAGAUCCUUAUCAAUCGUGUUCGAAAGCCAGAGAAGCGUCGGCAAAGGGCUCCCAAGACAGCGGUUGCAUGCGAGAACUGCAGGUGUAGCCACGUAAAAUGUACUGGAGAAGUGCCGUCCUGCGAAAUUUGUCUUCGCAAAGGGAAGCAGUGUGGAUACUAUCCGGCUUCUAAGAUUAUCACGAGACGAGGUCAGGUGGCCGCAGUUCGAAUCAAUCUCCGACCUUUGCAGUCUUUGGAACAGCAUGGUACCUUACCUCAAGUUCCCGCACCUCAGAGGGAUGUCUGGAACCUACCCGUUGACCAAGGCCUGCAACAGCAUGCUACCACCAAUUAUUCGACGUUGACAAACGAUAUUGGUAACUAUCCAGUGGAUUUCUCCGUGCAGUACCCCUUUCAGCUUCGUGCAAUAUCUAGACAAGCCAACAAUUGCCAAGGUGACGAAGCAAGGUCACGCGAUCGAACGGUAUCGCUAGAGCAUGAGAGAAUGACGUGUUUGCGUGAAAGAGAUGAGAGAACAACAGGAAUUCAAAAAUGA